CGCAUGCGGCAAAAGAUCGAGCUGGCCAAUGAAAUUCAGACCAAGAUCAACACUAGUUUAAGUGGUGAUCAAUUCAGUGUCACCUGCCGUUAGCUCAUGGGUUCCACGGAGGCCAUCUUGUCUGCGCAGAUGGCCAGCAAAUACUUCAGCGUCAACAAGUUCAUGGCGAGCCCCAUGCCACAAAUGCAAAAGCAGUGUGAUGGUAGCAGCAGUGCUAGCAGCGCCAUCACAAGACAAGUGGAGAAGAAUGAGACGAACAGUUUCGCUGCGAAGAUUGUCGGUAUGCAGCAGCAACAGUUGAAGCCACGAUCCGGCGCCGACAGGGCGCCCUCCUUCCCCGCCUCCUCUGCCAUGAGGCCGCUCCGCCGCGUCAGGCAGGCGCAGCGCCUCCUCGCCGUCUCCUCUGACGUGCUUAAGGCCGCGCCCGCCGCCGCCGCGCAGCCGGCAGUGACACGGGAAGAGGCACUGGAGCUAUACGAGGACAUGGUUCUCGGCCGUAACUUUGAAGACAUGUGCGCGCAGAUGUACUACCGCGGCAAGAUGUUUGGUUUCGUCCAUCUCUACAACGGUCAGGAAGCUGUCUCCACCGGCUUCAUCAAGCUGCUCAACCAGCCUGACUGUGUCGUUAGCACGUACCGUGACCACGUCCACGCGCUGUCCAAGGGUGUCCCGGCCCGUUCUGUCAUGGCCGAGCUCUUCGGCAAGGCCACCGGCUGCUGCCGUGGGCAGGGUGGGUCCAUGCACAUGUUCUCUGAACCCCACAACGUGCUUGGGGGUUUCGCUUUCAUUGGAGAAGGCAUCCCCGUCGCCACUGGUGCUGCCUUCGCUGCUAAGUACCGCCAUGAGGUGCUCAAGCAGUCUAGCCCUGAUGGUCUUGAUGUCACAAUUGCAUUCUUUGGAGAUGGUACCGCAAAUAACGGCCAGUUCUUUGAGUGCCUGAACAUGGCUCAGUUGUGGAAGCUUCCUAUUAUCUUUGUUGUGGAAAACAACCUAUGGGCCAUCGGGAUGUCGCACCUUAGGGCUACUUCGGAUCCUGAGAUCUGGAAGAAGGGACCGGCAUUUGGAAUGCCUGGGGUACAUGUCGAUGGGAUGGAUGUCCUCAAGGUCAGGGAGGUGGCAAAGGAGGCAAUUGACAGGGCAAGAAGAGGUGAAGGACCUACUCUAGUGGAAGCUGAAACUUACCGGUUCCGAGGUCACUCUCUUGCUGAUCCAGAUGAACUCAGGAGGCCUGAUGAGAAAUCGCACUACGCGGCGAGGGACCCCAUCACGCAGCUGAAGAAGUACAUCAUCGAGCAGAACCUUGCUUCCGAGGCUGAGCUGAAGAGCAUCGAGAAGAGGAUCGACGACGUGGUGGAGGAGGCCGUGGAGUUUGCGGACGCCAGCCCGCUCCCUCCCCGGAGCCAGCUGCUGGAGAACGUGUUUGCCGAUCCCAAGGGCUUUGGCAUCGGCCCCGACGGCAAGUACCGGUGCGAGGACCCCAAGUUUACCCAAGGCACCGCUCAGGUCUAGCUGCCGCGGAAGCAAUGUUCGGUCAUGUUCACCUUGCCACCUGUACCGUCCCUGUUUAGCUACUACCCCUAGUUUUGUUAAACCUGCCGCCGGUCGAUUUCUUUUGUUUGUAGAUGUGGUAUGUUGCUG